AGAACAGAACUUCUAGUAGUGGAUGCGGAGAUGUGCAAGGUCACAUGGAAAAGACCUAGGGGAAAAUCCACUUUCAAAGACUGGAGACAUAAUUCGUUCUUUUUUGGCCACCUAUGGCUGUACAUUUAUACUGUAAGGAGCAUAAUAAACAAAAUAUUUCGGUUUUGAUUUUACAGGGAAAGUGGUCCUGAAAUAAAUAGAACGGUAAGGGGUGGAAAGAGGGACAAGGUCCAGAGUUGCUGCUGGGUGGUGUCUGUGCGCCCCCUCUUGGGGGAGCUGACACGCUCAUCUCAGAAGGACAGGGACCCUGGGCGCCUGGCCCAAGGUUUCCCAGCACGGUAGGGACUCGCUGUAUGUGUGGGGAGGACAGCAGGUGGUACCAGAGACAGACACUGGUCCAUGGACCGUUGAGGUGUGGGAAUAGAUCUUUUCAGGGCAUGAGAGAGACAGACAACUGGAUAAAGGCCCAGGUGUUGUUCUUGUGUAGGCCACUGUUCCCACGUCCAGGAACCUGACCUUGUGGGUGAGGACAUGCCGUCCCUCCAGCCAAGUUAAUAACUUCCUCCCCCAGCCAAGGAAUAUAGCUCUGCGUCUACAGCAGCUCCUGCUCAAACUAUCAAAAUCACCCUGCAAGGAACAUGGUCACAGGAAGGUGGGAUUUCAGGAUACCCCUCAGGGACUGCCCUUCUCAGAAUUCCAUCAUGAAGUUCCAUGUACUUGUAGGUGUGCUGGUCAUGGUGGGCUUCGCAGUGGGAAAGGCUCCUGUUUCUGAAGUCCGGACCUGUCACCUCUGCCUCUUAGAAGACCCUUCUACAGGGUGCAUUUCAGGCUCAGAGAAGUGCACCAUCAGUAGCUCGUCGCCAUGCAUGGUGAUAACCAUCUAUUAUGAGCUGAAUCCAAGACAUGGAGGCCGGGCAGAAGCAGAGCUCAACAGAGCUGGGAGCCCCGAGGUGGGGCAGUCAGGUGGGACCUCAGCUUUCCUCAGCCUCCACCACUAUCAGAAGAGAGAGACGAGCUCUACAGUUUGUACACCAAUUUAUUUGGGAGGAACACCUGGGGACUUGAGGCUAGAGAGGCCCAUGGUGGGAGAAGGGGCAAAGCAAGGCCAAGAAGCAGCUGAGAGAUGGGAGGAGAGAAGAGUAAAGCCACCAAACCGUGAGAACUUGAAGGGAAAACUCAGAGAAUUCUGGAGAGGGGACCUGGGGGAGGGGCUGAGUGGGAAGAGGGGUGUUGGGUGUCAGCUAGGAGGCCGAUAGGGCCGGUAAAAGGGACUAGAAGUUGUUCUGGCUCUGCCACCCAGAUGGAAAUCAGGAAGAUGGAUGGUAACUAGCAGGGUUUUAUUCUAAAAGUCUCUGCAGAAGUUCUAAGGAAUAUAGAACACUCUGUUCUGAGGGUUAUUGCAGAACUCCAGGAAGCAGCAUCGAGAAAAUAUCCAGAAGCCAAACACUGGAGAAGAGCGGGUAUACGAACAAUCACUCAUCUGCUCCUUGCGGCGGCAGUCACUCACCAUGAUGUCAGAACCACUGCCUGGGGAAGGAUGGCAGCCACCAGUGAUACAGACAUCUCAGGUCCCAGGCACAAUCCCAGACUCUUCCAUCCCCUCCCUCCACAUGGACUUACCAUCACUGAUCCCACACCCUUCCCUGACCCCCCCCCCCCAAAUGCUAAGAUUCCUGGAACUGGACAGGGGCAGGGAAUGCCAGGGAGUCACCAGCUAUGGAUCCCGUGGAAGGUUGGUGGGAAAGAACCAUUCAAAAUAAAGUGAUGCGGGGCACCUGGGUGACUCGGUUGGUUAAGCAUCCGACUUUGGCUCAGGCCAUGGUCUCACAGUUCGUGAGUUCAAGCCCCGCAUCUGGCGCUGUGCUGACAGCUCAGAGCCUGGAGCCUGCUUCAGAUUCUGUAUCUCCCUCUCUCUGCCCCUCUCCCACUUGUGCUCUCUCUGUCUCUCUCUCUCAAAAAUAAAUAAAUAUUAAAAAGUUUUUUAAAAUA